UUUGUACACUCCGUCGUCCACCACCACCCACCAUGCUCGGACGAUGAAACAAAAUUCCGAACAAACUUCUAUCAGUAAUCUACAAGAAACCACCGCUGGCGCCACCGGAGUUACGACGGACAUGAGGGUCAUAGUACCCUUACAAGGUGUAGUACAAGGCGGAGGUGGCUUAGUUCUAGGUUCAAUCAUCCCCUGUGCUCUCUUCUACUUCUUCCAACUCUAUCUAAAGGGUAAAAGUCGCUCCGACGACGAUCCUGUCACUCCAACACCGCCGCCACUGCCGGAGAUUUCUCCUCCUUUGGAAAGGGUUCAUUCAAUAAGGUCGAUUUGGUCCCCACGUGGUACAAACGGUCAAGCUCAAGUUUCUUCUAGAGCCAAUUCUGUAAUCAAACAACCUGAUUCUCCGCACUACGUUGGAUUGAAAAGGGCUUCUGAGGAUCCGUAUGAUGAGUCAAGUAAUUCAGAUGGGAUAAUUCAGCUCGGAUUGGAUGAAAACAAGUUGUCCUUGGAUUUGGUUCAAGAUUGGCUAGUGGAGCACACCAACUGUUUGAUCUUUGGUCAAGAUUUACGAAUGAAUGGGAUCACUACUUAUCAUCCAUUCGAUGGAUUAUCAGAACUCAAAAUGGCAGUUGCCGGAUUCAUGUCCCAGGCUAUGGAAGGACGCGUGUUAUUUGACCCGUCACAGAUAUUUUUAACUUCUGGAGCAACGCCUGCUGUUGAAAUGCUCGCUUUUUGCCUUGCUGACUCCGGAAAUGCAUUUCUUGUUCCCUCUCCGUAUUUUCCGGAUCUCGAUAGGGAUAUUAAAUGGCGAACUGGAGUCGAAAUUAUACAUGUCCCUUGUCGUAGUUCAGACAAUUUCAGCUUAAAUACAACCGCCCUUCACCGUGCAUACAACCAGGCGAAAAAACGUGGACUCAAAGUCCAGGGGGUCAUAAUUUCAAACCCUUCAAAUCCAGUCGGCAAUCUGCUUAACCGAGAAACAAUUUACAAACUUUUAGACUUUGCUACCGAGAAAAACAUCCACAUCAUCUCCAACGAGAUACUAGCAUGCUCCACUGGCAACGAAAGCCAACAAGAAUUCGUCAGCAUGGCUGAAAUCAUGAAUUCUGAAGAAUACGAUAGAAACAGACUUCAUAUUGUUUACGGGCUGUCAAAAGACCUUUCUCUCCCUGGUUUCCGAGUUGGGGUUGUUUAUUCCUUCAACCAAAACGUCAUGGAUGCAUCCAAGAAACUGUUGAGAUUCUCAUCCGUAUCAUCUUUGGCUCAAAGAUUACUUAUAUCAAUGGUUAAUGAUUCAAGAUUCAUCAGGAAGUUCCUCAAGAUCAAUAGCGAAAGGGUUGAAAGAAUGCGUAAUCUGUUUGUGUCCGGUUUGAAGAAUCUGGGAAUCGAGUGUAUGGAAAGCAGUCGAGGGUUCUACUGUUGGGUGGAUAUGAGCGGAUUCAUACGUCCGUAUAGCGAAAAAGGGGAGUUUGAAUUGUGGGAAAAGUUGUUGAACGUAGGCAAGAUUAAUGCUACCCCUGGAUCUUGUUGCCAUUGUAUAGAACCAGGAUGGUUCAGGUUUUGUUUUACAAAUUUGAAGGAAAAGGAGAUUCCUUUAGUUAUGGAACGAAUUCGGAGAGUCCUAUGAAGCCAGCCAACAUGUUUUCAUAUACCAUUUCUGCUCAAAUUCUAUUCUAUUGUUGUAGAUAGUUCGUUUUUUCAAGGUACCAAAUUCAUUUUCAUGCUCUAAAUGUGUAUUAUUAUAAUAAUUAUUAUAUAC